GGACUUUUUCUCUCAGUUGCAGUCAUGCCUCCUCACGUACCGGAAUCCUCGUCCCCGUUCGCCGCCGCCGCUGACGCCAAGGCUAUCGCCAGCGAUGCUGAGAAGCUCUCGGUGUCCGUAUUGGAUCCUCCUCAGGGUUGGCGCCGCGACGUCCAACUCGUUGGCGUCAUCUUCCUCGUCAGUACGGCCCUACUGGGCGCGACGCUGCACAUGCUGGUUGUCUCGGCGCUCACAGACGCGGAGUGGGCGGCGCUGCGUUUGCCAACAUCACUGGAGGCUGCCCAACAACUAGGUGAGACGCUGCAGAGCUUCUCGGAGCGCCAGUCCGGCUCGCUGCUACUUGCGCACAUGGGCUGCUACCUGUAUCUACAGACUUUUGCCAUCCCGGGCACGGUGUUCUUCAAUCUUCUUGGCGGUGCACUAUUCGGCGUGACGCUAGGCUUCCCUAUGUGUUUGGUCUACAACACGCUGGGCUCCGUCUUCAUGUUCCUGCUGUCGCGUCGCUUCGGCCGUCGGGUGGUCACGUGCUUCUUUCCACAGAAGCUCGACACUCUGCGCGGCAUGCUGGACGCGCAUCGCGACGAGAUGGCGCUGUAUAUGAUCUUUCUGCGCGUGUUCCCAUUCACGCCCAACUGGUUUAUCAACAUGGCGUCGCCACACUUGGACAUCCCGUUGGGCCAGUUCACACUUGGCCCGCUCGUCGGUCUCAUCCCGUACAACUUCUUGAGCUGCAAGGCUGGUCUCAUCUUGCGUGAGCUUCGAUCACGAGGCGACAUCAUCGACACGGCCACCACGGUGCAGCUAAUUGUGGUGGCAGCAGUGGGUGGCGUCGUGCUGCCCAGACUCAAGAAGCACUUCGCUACGAGCUCGGCCCCCUUAGCCACUACGGCUCCAAUCAAGCAAGACUAA